GUCCGUACCUGUUACACAAAUAGAAAAUAUUUACGAUCUACCCAGGCCAAGUCAAGUCAUACCAGUCGGGCUUUAGUAUUCUUCCCAUGCCACUAUCUAUGCCGCUAUUGAGUUCUUGUAUAGAACGUCGAACUCGCUUAAUAUGAAAGGAUAUACGAUAUACUUAGUUUGGUCGCUUGCUCGACUCGUGGUCUGUGGCGAGGGACAGAGUCAAGAGUCAUGGACUUCACUCAAUAUUUCCGUAGGCGGACGUCUCCAUGGAAUUCAACCUUUUGCAUUACCAUGCUACUCGUUCUAUAACGGGAAUAAAGUCGCGAUAAAUGAGGUGGCUUGCACUGUUGUCCGAGAGGGUUAUACUACGAAUUCAAUACGCGCAGACAGGCCCAGCAGCUAUAUGAAUCUUCAGGGUGAGAUGUGUCUAGGGGAUCCCUUGAAUCAGUGUACGUUGGAUAAUACAGCAGUUCCAGCAGCCAAGCCCGCCCUCGGGGCUUCAUGCAACCAAGGCAGUGUUCCGUCGUACUAUAUUGAAGUCGAGAGAAUUUCGGAUAUCAUUGCAGCUCUGAACUUUACCCAGUUUCAUGGAGUUCCUUUAGUUAUCAAGAAUAGUGGACAUGAUUACAUGACUAGGAACAGCCAGAAAAGGUCAAUCGCUCUUUGGGUACACAAGUUGCGAGGCCUUACCCUCCAUAAUGACUUCGUCCCAGAGGGAUGUGGAUCAGACUUGAGACUGGGCCGGACCAUUACCGCGGGCACCGGUGUCAGCACAGGAGAUAUUUACAAUUUCGCAUAUGAACAUGAAAGCACCUUUAUUGGUGGUUAUUCCCCAUCAGUUGCAGCUUCUGGGGGGUGGGUCCUUGGUGGCGGACAUAGCGUAUUAUCACCAGUGUAUGGCCUCGGAGCUGAUCGUGUUGUUGAAUUUAAGAUCGUGACGCCUGAUGGGGUUGUUCGAGUUGCAAAUCAAUGCCAGCACGAAGACUUGUUCUGGGCUCUACGGGGUGGCGGUGGAGGGACAUUCGGCGUUGUGCUGGAAGCUACUCACCGUGUUGAACCGUUAAUACCAGUCGCAGUCGCAAGCAUCAAACUGCCUUCAAAUAUCACAGCAGAAACAUCCAUAGAGUGGAUUGAGUUAAUGGCCCGGGAAUCCUUGGCUUGGGGUAAACAAGGAUGGGGAGGCCAUGCGGGAGGCAUAUAUCUGACUUAUAUGAAUCCUGUACCGGGGAUAGCCAACUUAACCGACGAUGGAACCGCUGCUAGGGGCUCCAUGAGAAAUGCAUCGGAAUUUGCACUUGCCCACGGGGGUAGUAGUGUAGUAGAGGUUCUCCCUAACUUUCUCGACGUGUGGAAUAAAUACGUCUUACCAGGGGCUCUAACCACAGCUGGGGUUACGCGUGUGCUGGCAACGAGGCUUAUACCCCAGAAGUUCUUUAAUCACGAUGCUGGAAUUAUCAAAUUGAUGGAUUUCAUAAAGACUACACAGGAGUUAGGAUUUGACCCGCGGAACUUCUAUUGUCCGGUAGAUACGCCCUUCGUAGCAGAGAGCGGGACGAAGCUGAGAGUGAGAAAUAAUACGAGGCCAAUAACUUCUGUCCAGCCAGCCUGGUAUAACUCCCUCUGGGAUAUUUCGACAUCCCUAGCGAUUGCCUGGAACGCGUCAUACGUCGAUCGCUUGCAAAAUAUGACAGCUGUGACAAGAGGGACGCUUCUUGCGGAGGAGUUGACAGGUACCGAUGGGGGGACUUACCCGAACGAAGCGAACCCCUUCACUGCGAACUGGCAAGAGUCUUGGUGGGGCGAUAACUAUAAAGCCUUGCUCGAGGUUAAAAAGAAGUACGAUCCAAAUGGGCUCUUGAAGUGCUGGAAGGAAAGUUACAACUAG